CUGUGCUUUCGCGUCCUGAUUCCUGCCCUUCUUCUUCUAUUUCGUUCUUGAUCGGGACAAUAAUUUGAAUUUUUCAGAGUUUAUCCUCUUUGGUCGAUCAUUUACGUGUGUGAUUGUGCGAAAUAGUCAAUCUAUUGUCGUAUUUCUGGACUUCCAAGCUUCUUCCUCCACUGGGAUUGAACGCGUACAGAGGCCAGAUUCCGGCUUUUUUAGAUCUGUGGAUGCUUGUUGGAAGUCCUGACACGAAUGCUGCAGAGGGAAAGCGGGGAAUAUUGAGCAUCGUAUCCGAUGGGCAACACAUGCGUCGGGCCGAGCCUGACGAAGAACGGGUUCUUCCAAUCGGUUUCCGCCAGCAUUUGGCGCACCCGUUCGGAGAAGGACGUUCUCCCGUCCGCCCACGGCGAGGCAGCCGGCAGUGAGUCCGCUAAAGCUUCAUCGGCCACCGAUGCCCCCGAACCCGUCAAGAUCCCUGGAGUCGACACAAAGCACUCCAGGAUCCCCGAAGUCGUCGGGAAUCCGGCGCCGGCAGACCCUUGUAAGAAGCCCACCCAGGUCAAAAGGACCGGGAGCUCAGCCGGCCUUCAGGCUGGCUCAGUGUUGAAGCGCAAGACCGAGAACCUGAAGGACAUUUACAGCUUAGGGAAGAAGCUCGGACAGGGACAGUUUGGCACGACCUAUCUCUGUGUAGAGAAGGCAAGUGGAAAGGAGUAUGCUUGCAAGUCCAUCUUGAAGAGGAAGUUGGCCACCGACGAAGAUGUCGAGGACGUUCGGAGAGAGAUCCAGAUAAUGCACCAUUUGUCUGGUCAUCCCAACGUCAUCUCCAUUAAAGGGGCUUACGAAGAUGCCGUGGCUGUUCAUUUGGUAAUGGAGUUGUGUGCUGGUGGUGAGCUGUUCGAUAGGAUAGUCCAGAAGGGGCACUACACCGAGAGGAAGGCAGCGGAGCUUGCAAGGGUGAUUGUGGGCAUUGUGGAAGCUUGUCAUUCGAUGGGUGUCAUGCAUCGGGAUCUCAAGCCCGAAAAUUUUCUUUUCGUGAACCAAAUGGAGGAUGCUUCUCUUAGGACCAUUGACUUUGGAUUGUCGAUAUUCUUUCGACCUGGGGAAGUAUUUAAUGAUGUGGUUGGUAGCCCUUACUAUGUUGCGCCAGAAGUCCUGAAGAAACGUUAUGGUCCAGAGUCAGAUGUUUGGAGUGCUGGAAUUAUCAUCUACAUUCUGCUUAGUGGUGUACCUCCAUUUUGGGCUGAAUCUGAGCAAGGUAUAUUUGAGGAGGUUUUGCAUGGUAAACUUGACUUCCAAUCAGAUCCAUGGCCUAGUAUCUCAGAAAGUGCAAAAGAUCUUGUAAGGCGAAUGCUUGUUAGAGACCCUAGUAAGCGAUUAACUGCCCAUGAAGUACUGUGUCAUCCUUGGGUUCAGAUUGAUGGUGUGGCUCCUGAUAAGCCUCUGGAUUCUGCAGUUCUCUCUCGCCUGAAACAUUUCUCAGCAAUGAACAAGCUCAAAAAGAUGGCCUUGAGGGUUAUUGCUGCAAACCUAUCUGAGGAUGAAAUUGCUGGCCUGAAGGAGAUGUUUAAGAUGAUAGACACAGAUAAUAGUGGACAGAUAACUUUUGAAGAACUCAAGGUUGGAUUAGAAAGAGUGGGCGCCAAACUUAAGGAAUCAGAAAUUUAUGCACUUAUGCAAGCAGCAGAUGUUGAUAACAGUGGUACUAUAGAUUAUGAUGAGUUUAUUGCUGCUACAUUACAUCUAAACAAGAUAGAGAAGGAGGACCACUUAUUUGCAGCCUUCCAAUAUUUUGAUAAAGAUGGAAGUGGUUAUAUAACUGCGGACGAGUUGCAACAGGCUUGCGAAGAAUUUGGUAUGGGGGAUGUCCGGCUAGAGGAAAUGAUCAGAGAAGCAGAUCAAGAUAAUGAUGGUCGCAUAGAUUACAACGAAUUCGUGGCAAUGAUGCAAAAAGGAAAUACUACUGUCAUUGGCAAAAAGGGAUUACAAAGUAACUUCAGCAUUGGUUUUAGGGAGGCUCUGAAGCUUGGUUAAGAAUGUACUGAUGUAAUUUUCUUGAUUUUUUUUCUCCUCUUUGUUUCUUCUAUAUUAUCCUUCCUUGUGUUUGUUAUAAUCAAUACAAAUAGUCGGGAUCGGAAGCUCUUUCUUUGCCAUCUCCGCAUUGAGAUAACACUACUUGUAAAAAUCCAACUUUUUCUCAUCCAUUAUCUAAUGUUUGGACUUUCCAACUUUAAUGUGUGUGAACAAAAUGGCAGUGGCACUAUCCCUCAGUAGUUAAAUUCUUGUUUCA